AACAUAUAACAAGGUCUUGGUUUAAGUGUCUGAGAUUUAACCUGUGUAGAAAGACUGAUGUGUUUCUGUGUCACAAAUGUAGGGUUUGAGGAUGCAGCCAGCGCUUGCUGUGGGCUUGGUUUACAUGGUGCCAUGAUUGGAUGUCUGUCCAUAGAUAUGGCUUGCCCAACAGCUUCAUCUCAUGUAUGGUGGGAUCUCUACAGCCCUACACGAGCAGUCAACUCCUUGCUGGCUGAUUCUGCAUGGUCCAGUGAACCCUUACCGGGCAUUUGUCGCCCUGGAACGAUUCAUGACUUGGUUUACACUUCAAGGUUACCUCUUGUCUAAACAAUAUAAAAAUGUGAAGUUGCCUGUUUCAAUCUUUUGCUUUCUGCUUUAGAUUCCAGCAAUGUCUCGAAUCUUAUACUGAACUAGAAGUCAAGCAACUGUCAGAUAGCCCUCAUUUAGCAUACACCCAAUUUACAGAAUUAAUAAAACCUGAAUUCUGGU